CAGUGACUCCAUUCAGUGUGCAGACUGUGCAUAUAUAUAGAGAGAGAGAGGGCAACGAGAGGAACGAAGCGGGAACCGUUUUCCUCCCAAGUCCCAACCAUCUGUCCACUGGCAUUUAUUUAUUUUAUUUUUUAGCAAUAAAUAAAGAGGGUUUUUGGCUACUAUGGAACUAUUAUUAAGUAACACGUACAGGCCGAGUCACCUUAUCAGGGCUUCAUCUUCUUCAUUGGCCGGAAAGUCUGAUAAGCUUAGAUCUUUCAGGCCUUCUAUCUGUCCAGACUUGCUUAUCGAUUGCUCUAAGUUCUGCCUCUUCAGAAGGCAGAGGUAUAAGAAUAAUUUGAUUGCUGAGAGGUCUCUAUCCACAAUGGCUGAAUAUGAUGGGGAGGCAGUCACUGCAGAUGUGUCCUUUGGAACUAUGGUUUUUGAGCCUGUUUUAGAGGAGGGGGUUUUCCGGUUUGAUUGUUCUGAAAAUGACAGGGAUGCAGCAUUUCCAAGUCUUUCUUUUUCUGAUAGGAAAAAAAGGGACACAACAAUUGCUAGUCAAAAGGUGCCUAUGUAUAUUCCAACGUUUAAAUGUGUGCAAGACCAACAGAUUGUUAGUGUUGAGUUUCCUACUGGAACCUCUUUUUAUGGAACAGGAGAAGUUAGUGGAAUGCUUGAGAGAACAGGGAAGAGAGUGUUUACAUGGAACACAGAUGCAUGGGGUUAUGGCUCAGGAACUACAUCCUUGUACCAGUCGCAUCCUUGGGUGCUAGCUCUUCUUCCUAGUGGAGAGGCACUUGGGGUUCUUGCAGACACRACACGACGUUGCGAGAUAGACUUGCGGAAGGAGUCAAUAAUAAAGUUUGCAGCAUCAGCCUCCUAUCCUGUCAUUACAUUUGGUCCUUUUGCUUCACCAACUGCAGUGCUGAUAUCUCUAUCCCAUGCAAUUGGAACUGUAUUUAUGCCUCCUAAAUGGUCUCUAGGAUAUCAUCAAUGCCGUUGGAGUUAUGAUUCAGAUGCAAAAGUUCUCAAGAUUGCCAGGACAUUUCGGGAAAAGGGCAUACCUUGUGAUGUGAUAUGGAUGGAUAUAGACUACAUGGAUGGUUUUCGUUGUUUCACCUUUGACAAGGAGCGUUUCUCUGAUCCAAAGUCAUUGGUGAAUGAUCUUCACCGCAAUGGUUUCAAAGCAAUCUGGAUGCUUGAUCCAGGAAUUAAACAUGAAGAGGGUUAUUUUGUUUAUGAUAGUGGCUCUGAAAAUGACAUUUGGAUUCAAAAAGCAGAUGGAAAACCUUUUGUUGGUGAGGUAUGGCCUGGGCCUUGUGUUUUUCCUGACUUUACACAAGAAAAAGCUCGUCUUUGGUGGUCCAAGUUAGUAAAAGAAUUUAUUUCUAAUGGUGUUGAUGGUAUAUGGAAUGAUAUGAAUGAACCAGCUAUUUUCAAGACUGUGACUAAGACUAUGCCAGAGAGCAACAUUCACAGAGGAGAUGAUGCACUUGGAGGUUAUCAAAAUCACAGACAUUAUCACAAUGUGUAUGGCAUGCUUAUGGCGAGGUCAACAUAUGAAGGAAUGAAAAUGGCUGAUGAGAAUAAACGCCCUUUUGUUCUCACCCGAGCUGGGUUUAUAGGUAGCCAAAGGUAUGCUGCAACAUGGACUGGGGAUAACCUUUCAAAUUGGGAGCAUUUGCACAUGAGUAUUUCCAUGGUACUUCAGUUGGGGCUCAGUGGUCAGCCAUUAUCAGGACCAGAUAUUGGUGGGUUUGCUGGAAAUGCUACGCCAAAGCUCUUUGGAAGGUGGAUGGGUGUUGGUGUAAUGUUUCCAUUCUGUCGUGGGCAUUCUGAGACUGAUACUAUUGACCACGAACCAUGGUCCUUUGGGAAAGAGUGCGAAGAAGUUUGCCGGCUAGCAUUGCUGAGACGCUAUCGCCUUAUUCCUCACAUAUAUACUCUUUUCUAUAUGGCUCACACAAAGGGUACUCCUGUUGCAUCUCCGACCUUUUUUGCUGAUCCAAAAGAUCCCAGCUUAAGGACUAUUGAGAAUUCCUUUCUUCUGGGGCCACUUCUUGUACAUGCAAGCACUUUGCCUGGCCAGGGAUCAGAUGAGUUGCAGCCUCUGUUGCCCAAGGGAAUUUGGCUGCCCUUUGAUUUUAAUGACUCACAUCCGGACCUACCCACACUAUAUUUGCAAGGUGGUUCAAUCAUUCCUGUGGGUCCUCCACUUCAACAUGUUGGUGAAGCAAGUCCUACGGAUGACUUAACACUCAUUGUGGCUUUAGAUGAACAUGGAAAAGCUGAAGGUGUUCUUUUUGAGGAUUCUGGUGAUGGAUAUGAAUUCAGUCAAGGUGGAUACCUGUUAACAUAUUAUGUUGCUGAACUUCAAUCUUCAGUUGUUACAGUAAAAGUCUCCAGAACUGAAGGAUCAUGGAAUAGGCCGAAGCGUCAGUUGCAUGUACAGUUAUUGCUUGGUGGAGGUGCCAUGCUUGAUGCAUGGGGUGCUGAUGGAUAUGAACUGGAAAUUGUA